AGGCCUUAUUUAAUACGCUUUCUUCUUCUUCUUCUUCUAGGUUUUCUGGUAAAACGGUGCGAUUCCCAUGCUAUAGAAAGCUCAAGAGAGAAGACGCAUCCGCAAAGGGGGCUGAUUACGGUUUUGGCACCGGCACCGGGCACUCUACUAGUCUAGAACAAUACUGAAAUCAGGCACACACACAAAGCAUAAUCCCCUAUACUCACAAAUAUCUCUCGCUCUAUUGCUUCUCUAUCUUCCAACAAUGGCUCCCGCUCCCAAAGACGAAGGUUUGAAGAAGCUCGAGUUCCUUUCCCUCGUCUCCAAGGUCUGCACGGAACUGGAAACGCAUCUAGGGUUCGGUGACAAAAUUCUCGCCGAGUUCAUCACCGACCUGGGGAGGAACUGCGAGACCGUCGACGAAUUCGACGCGAAGCUGAAGGAGAACGGCGCUGAGAUGCCCGAUUACUUCGUCCGAACGCUUCUGACGAUAAUACACGCCAUUCUCCCUCCGAAGCCCAAGUCGGAGAAGGAAUUGAAGAAAGAGAGCGCUUCGGAUGGUAGGAAGACCAAGUACUCGGGGCUGGCGAUCUCCGAUAAUACUGAGAGAGUUAAGGAGAUCGAGAGGGAAAUCGAAUUGGAGACCCGCGAGCGGCGUGGAGACAGAGAAGAACGUGAAGAAGAAGGAGAAGACAGGCAUAGACGAAGAGAUUGGGACAGAGAUAGAGAUAGAGACAGAGACAGAGACAGAGACAGAGACAGAGAUAAAGACAGAGAUAGAAGAGAUAGGCGUAGGGAUAGAUACGAUAGAGAUGAGAGGCGUAGAGAUAGGGAUACUGAAGAGGACGGGGAUGAUAGAAGGGAUUAUAGGAGUAGGGAAAGGCACGGGGAUCGGCACGAGAAGCAUAGGAGAGAAGAGGAGAAUGUGGAUAAUAGGGAUAGAAAUCGGCGGUACCAAUCCGAUGAGCCGGAAUUGUAUAAGGUUUACAAGGGCAGGGUUUCGAGAGUGAUGGACACGGGCUGCUUCGUGCAAUUGAAUGAUCUGAAGGGUAAGGAGGGUUUGGUUCACGUUUCGCAGAUUGCGACUCGGCGGAUUGGUAAUGCCAAGGACGUAGUGAAGCGUGAUCAGGAGGUUUACGUGAAGGUGAUAUCCAUUUCGGGUCAGAAGCUGAGUCUUUCGAUGAGGGAUGUUGAUCAGAACACGGGUAAGGAUUUGCUUCCCUUGAAGAAGAGCUCGGAGGAGGAUACGAUGAGGGCAAACCCAUCCAGCGGGUCGAAGGAGGGGCCAGUGAUGAGGACGGGGCUUUCGGGGAUUAGGAUUUUGGAGGAGAACGACACCGCGCCGUCACGGAGACCGCUGAAGAGGAUGAGCUCACCGGAGAUAUGGGAAGCUAAGCAAUUGAUUGCUUCUGGUGUUUUGAGCGUUGCGGACUAUCCGACUUAUGAUGAAGAAGGAGAUGGAUUGAUGUAUCAAGAAGAGGGUGCUGAGGAGGAGCUCGAGAUUGAGAUGAACGAGGAUGAGCCUUCGUUCUUGCAAGGGCAAAGCAGGUAUUCAAUGGAUAUGUCACCUGUGAAGAUUUUCAAGAACCCAGAAGGAUCUUUGAGUCGUGCUGCGGCCCUGCAGUCUGCGCUGAUAAAGGAGCGUAGAGAAGUGAGAGAACAGCAACAGAGGACAAUGUUGGAUUCUAUUCCCAAGGAUCUGAAUCGUCCCUGGGAAGACCCUAUGCCGGAGACAGGUGAGAGGCAUCUAGCGCAGGAGCUCAGGGGUGUUGGUUUAUCAGCAUAUGACAUGCCAGAGUGGAAGAAGGAUGCUUAUGGAAAAUCCAUCAGUUUUGGGCAGAGGUCGAAGCUCUCCAUUCAGGAACAAAGGCAGAGCUUGCCAAUCUACAAGUUAAAGAAGGAACUCAUCCAGGCUGUGCAUGACAAUCAGGUCCUGGUUGUAAUUGGCGAGACUGGUUCGGGUAAGACAACUCAGGUGACUCAAUACCUUGCAGAAGCUGGAUACACUACCAGGGGAAAAAUUGGUUGUACUCAGCCUCGUAGGGUGGCUGCGAUGUCUGUGGCCAAGAGGGUUGCUGAAGAGUUCGGUUGUCGGUUGGGUGAGGAAGUUGGAUACGCUAUUCGAUUUGAAGAUUGUACUGGUCCAGAGACCGUCAUCAAGUACAUGACGGAUGGUAUGCUUCUUAGGGAACUUUUGAUUGAUGAGAGCCUUUCUCAGUACUCUGUUGUUAUGCUCGACGAAGCACAUGAGAGGACAAUACACACGGAUGUUCUUUUCGGAUUACUCAAGCAACUAGUGAAACGGAGACCCGAACUUCGUUUGAUCGUCACGUCUGCCACGCUGGACGCAGAGAAGUUUUCAGGGUAUUUCUUCAACUGUAAUAUAUUUACAAUUCCUGGUAGAACUUUUCCUGUGGAGAUACUCUACACCAAACAGCCUGAAAGUGAUUAUCUAGAUGCAUCUUUAAUUACCGUGUUACAGAUUCACUUGAUGGAACCUGAAGGAGACAUCCUUCUCUUCUUGACUGGUCAGGAGGAGAUUGAUUAUGCCUGCCAGUCUCUCUAUGAGAGGAUGAAAGGGCUAGGGGGCAAUGUCCCGGAAUUGAUUAUUCUACCAGUAUAUAGUGCGCUUCCUAGUGAAAUGCAGUCAAGGAUAUUUGAACCUGCCCCUCCAGGGAAGAGGAAAGUGGUUGUGGCUACGAAUAUUGCCGAGGCUUCUUUGACCAUUGAUGGGAUAUUUUACGUCAUUGAUCCUGGGUUUGCAAAGCAAAAUGUGUAUAACUCGAAGCAAGGGCUUGAUUCACUGGUCAUUACUCCUAUUUCACAAGCAUCAGCUAAGCAACGAGCUGGGCGUGCUGGGCGUACGGGACCUGGGAAAUGUUACCGCCUCUACACUGAGAGUGCAUACCGCAAUGAGAUGUCCCCUACUUCAAUUCCCGAAAUCCAGAGGAUAAAUCUUGGGGCUACUACGCUUAACAUGAAAGCUAUGGGGAUAAAUGAUCUUCUGUCUUUUGAUUUCAUGGAUCCACCUUCACCUCAAGCUCUCAUUUCUGCCAUGGAACAGCUGUACAGUCUAGGAGCUCUUGAUGAGGAGGGGCUUCUGACCAAAUUGGGCCGGAAAAUGGCAGAAUUUCCUCUUGAUCCGCCAUUAUCUAAGAUGCUGCUUGCCAGUGUGGACCUUGGAUGCAGUGAUGAGAUUUUGACAAUCAUUGCAAUGAUUCAAACGGGAAAUAUCUUCUACAGGCCUAGGGAGAAACAAGCACAAGCAGAUCAGAAGAGGGCUAAGUUUUUCCAGCCAGAGGGAGACCAUCUGACAUUACUUACAGUUUAUGACGCUUGGAAAAAUAAUAACUUUUCUGGACCAUGGUGUUUUGAGAACUUUGUUCAGUCUAGAUCCUUGAGGAGGGCACAGGAUGUCAGAAAACAGCUACUCACCGUCAUGGACAAAUAUAAAUUAGAUGUUGUGAGUGCAGGAAGGAAUUUUAUGAAGAUAAGGAAGGCAAUUACUGCAGGAUUCUUUUUCCAUGCGGCUAGAAAGGACCCACAGGAGGGCUAUAGGACCCUAGUUGAGAACCAACCCGUUUAUAUCCAUCCUAGCAGUGCUCUUUUCCAGAGACAACCUGAUUGGGUCAUCUACCAUGAGCUGGUGAUGACUACAAAGGAGUACAUGCGAGAGGUCACAGUUAUAGAUCCCAAAUGGCUUGUAGAACUGGCACCAAGAUUCUUCAAAGUGGCAGAUCCUACAAAGAUGAGCAAGCGCAAAAGACAAGAAAGAAUUGAACCGCUUUAUGACAGAUAUCAUGAACCCAACUCUUGGCGUCUGAGUAAACGUCGUGCUUGAGAUGUGUUUCAGCAUAUCUGUUUCUUAUUUAUUUUGAUUGUGCAUCUUGUUGUGAAUGUCGGUAUUCUCCUUGUAUAAUUGUAUGAGCUUUUUGAUGCUCGAAAUGACCCUUGAGCAAUACUGAUGAAAAGUUUUCCCAAA